AUGUCUCCCAACCUCUUCAUCUGCCUACGCGCUGUGUGUUGCCCUCAGUACUGGUUCCAGCGUGGCAAUCGCAUCGACGGCCGCGUCAACAGGGAGCAACACUGGGAUUCUCCCGUCCCUGGGACUUACAAGUUCCUCCCAGGCCGUGGCUGGCAUCUCGUCCAACGCGACGGAUGCAAUGAAAAAGAAAAAGUCCCCGCUGCGCUGGUCUACUGCCGAAUCCUUCAUCGCUACAUGUUCGAGACUGAACUCGAGGAGCGUUGCCGCUGGUUCUCGGCUCCGCUGCACAAAGGUUCUCCUGUAGAGAAGCUUCGCUUUUUCCUCCUUGAUGACGGCGUCCACUGGGUAGCCGGCUGGGAUGCCAGGGGUAGUUUCAUCCCUGGCCCUUACCCUAAGUGGUGGCUCGACGAGGACGGUGAAACCAUGCACCGUGGUGCCUCACCGCCCACCAGUUCCAAUGUAUCUCGCUGCAGCAGUGUCGUCGCGGGCAAAUUGGAGCGAAUGUGA